AUGCGACCCCCUGCUCCCGCGCUCUCCUCUUCGUCUUUUCUCCAGCCCCGCUUUCUCCCGCCGGACUCGUCUGCCUUCCUCUCCUCCGCCCUCGCGCCGGCGUCCGUGGCCUCGCCGCUCAGUGCUGCAGGUCUGCCCUCCUCGCCUUCAGGCGCGCCCUACGGUCUAGCGACGGUCGGCGCGCUCGCGUCUUGGCUGAUGCUCCUCUGCGUCGCGCAGGAGCUUCCUUACGACUUGGGAGAGAACGUCGGUAUCCGCUUUCGGCGCUGGGUUCGCCGCUACCCCGCGCUGUUUGCGCCCUGGAAGGCCUUCCUGCGCUGGCUUGGCCGCCAGACGCGUCUCGUCUCCAUCGGGGACUACAUCCUCACUGAACACAUGCGCCUGAGUGCGUAG